CCGCAGCUCCGCCGCUCCGCACACACGCCGCAGCCAUGGCCGCCUACACGCGUAUGCUCUGGCGCCUCCUGCAACUGGUCCUCCUGCUGUUGACGACGCACGAGCGCCGAACAUGCGCGCAGAACGCGGAGAAGCCCCAGCCCCUGGUCGACACGGACGACGUCAACAACAACGACUUCCAGGACAGCGAGCACAGCAACCUGGUGGUGCGCACCGGCAACGGUCUGCUGAAGGGCAUCACGCUGACGGCCUCGACGGGUCGGCAGGUGGACGCCUGGCUGGGUGUGCCGUUCGCGCAGCCGCCGUUGGGCUCGCUCCGCUUCCGGCACCCGCAGCCGAUGCAGCGGUGGCAGGGCGUGCGCGAGGCGCGCACCCUGCCCAACUCCUGCUGGCAGAUCAAGGACGACUUCUUCGGCGACUUCGAGGGUUCGACCAUGUGGAACGCGAACACGCCCCUGAGCGAGGACUGUCUGUACCUGAACGUGGUGCGGCCGCGGCCGCGGCCAGUGCGGCCCGCCGCCGUCAUGCUCUGGAUCUACGGCGGCGCCUUCUACAGCGGCACGUCCACGCUCGACGUGUACGACCCCAAGAUCCUGGCGUCCGAGGAGAACGUGAUCGUCGUCUCCAUCCAGUACCGCGUGGCGUCUCUGGGCUAUCUGUUCCUGGACACGCCGGCCGCGCCCGGCAAUGCCGGCAUGUUCGACCAGUUGAUGGCGCUGCAGUGGGUGCACGACAACAUCGCGGCGUUCGGCGGCGACCCGGACAGCAUCACGUUGUUCGGAGAGUCGGCCGGCUCGGCCAGCGUCAGCAUGCACCUGCUGUCACCGCUGUCGCGGCCGCUCUUCAGCAAGGCCAUCAUGCAGUCUGGCUCGGCCACCAACCCGUGGGCCGUGCUGGAGCGCAAGGAGGCGAAGAUCCGCGGCUUGCGACUCGCUGACGCCACCGGCUGCCCCACCAACGACAGUCACUUGGACGACAUCCUCGAGUGCCUACGCCGCAUCUCGCCACACGAGCUGGUGUACUCCGAGUUCUUCACCACGGGCAUCUGCGAGUUCACGUUCGUGCCGGUGGUGGAUGGCACGUUCUUGGUCGAGGAUCCGCACGUGUCGCUGGCCACCGGCAACUUCAAGCGCACCAGCAUCCUGGCCGGCAGUGUCAACGAGGAGGCCAAUUUCUUCCUCAUAUACUACCUGAUCGACUACCUGAAGCUGGAGGAGGACGUGGUGCUGACGCGGAGCCAGUUCCUGCACUCGGUGGCCGAGGUUAACCCGUACUUCACCACCACGGCGCGCCAAGCCAUCGCCUACGAGUACACCAACUGGGUCAACCCCGAGGACCCCGAGUCCAACCUGGACGCCAUCGACAAGAUGGUCGGCGACUACCAGUUCACGUGCGGCGUCAACGACUUCACCGAGACGUACGCCAAGGCGGGCAACCCCGUGUUCAUGUACUACUUCCGCCAGCGCGCCGCCACUUCGCCCUGGCCCAAGUGGAUGGGGGUGCUCCACGGCGACGAAAUCGCUUACGUGUUCGGCGAGCCACUCAACCCUACCAAACGCUUCUCCGCUGACGACGCCAAGCUCUCCGUCAAGAUGAUGCGCUACUGGGCCAACUUCGCCAAGACGGG